AUGAUCUCUCCCGUCUGUAGAUUAAUGGCCUUGGCCAUAUUCACUGCUCUAGCUUUCGCAAAAACACUUGAGAAUGAACCCCCAACGAAUCCACCCAUCGAGAAACGAGCAUACUUCGAAGAUAGUUACAAGAUAUUUCUCCGCAAACGCAAUGCCCAUGCCUGCAUGAUGUCCAUCGUCUUCAUUGUUCUAUUUCCUCUGGGAGCCAUAGCACAACAUCUCCCGCUCAAGGGCAUGCGUGUGACGAGUCGCGUCCACGCUCCGAUCCAGCUCCUCGGCCUCGCCAUGAUGAUCGGUGCCAUGGGCCUGGGCAUCGACAUUGCCAAAAACGACCUGAACUAUUUCACCCCGGUCAAGGCCCACGUUGCGAUUGGACUGCUUGUGACGUGCACUGUCAUCGUCGUUCAGCCGGCGAUGGGUAUCCUCCAACAUCGACAAUUCAAGCGGACCGGCGGCAGGAGUGUCUUUGCAUAUGUUCAUCGAUGGACAGGCCGUGUCGUGAUCUGUCUUGGCUGGAUCAACUCGGGAUUGGGCUUUCAACUAGUUGGCAUUCCGCCUGUCAAGACUCAUUCUCUCGUCCGCAAUUUUGUUAUAAUGGGCGUCCUGGGGGGAGCUUGGUUUCUUCUAGUAGGGACAGACGGCCUCCGAGAACAUGUGUGGCACAAGAAUCGUCUAUCUUCAUACUGUCUGGGCUGGAGUCGAGGAUUCAGGUUGUAUGAUGGGGCCGUGAACAGAGAUACAGACGAUCGGCCCAAGGAGCAGAACAACGUAGGCACAUCGUGA